CACGGUAAUUUGUAGCUGACUUGAACACCGCCAAUAUAAAUCUGAACAACACCGGAGAAGUAAUAGCUGAAGCGCCGGAAACCCCGCCACAAAAUGGAGCUCUCAAAAGACCCGAAUUCCAACCCGGGUCGAACCGAAGACUCCGAUUCGGAGCUCGAACUCUACACUAUCCCAAGCUCUUCAAGGUGGUUCGCAUGGGACGAAAUCCACGAGACAGAGAGAACAACGCUGAGAGAAUUCUUCGAUGGAACAUCCAUGUCUCGUUCACCCAAGAUCUACAAGGAGUACAGAGACUUCGUCAUCAACAAGUACAGGGAAGAUCCUACGAGGAAGCUCCUCUUCACCGACGUCAGAAAAUCACUCGUCGGCGACGUCACGCUCCUCCGCAAGGUCUUCACGGCGCUCGAAGGUUGGGGUUUGAUCAACUACGGUGCAACCUCAGGGGACACCGAUGCGGAAGGUUGUGGUGGUGGUGCUGAGGACGAAGGGUGGAGGGUUAGGGUUGAGGAAGGUGCGCCCAAUGGGAUAAGGGUAGUUGCGACACCGAACUCGCUGAAGCCGAUUACACUGCCACGUGGCGCAACGACUAAGGAUGGUUCGGGUCCGAGUUCGGGUUUUAGUUCGGAUUGUGUGAAAUUGCCGCCGCUGGCGAGUUACUCGGAUGUGUAUGGGGAUUUGAUGAAGCAGAAGCAGAAGGAGAUGAAUUGUGGGUUCUGUGGCGAUAAAAUUGAUUCUGGACAUUACCGAAGUAGCAAGGAUAAUUUCAUGAUUUGUGCAAAAUGUUUCACAAAUAAAAAUUAUGGAGAUAAUAGGUCUGCGGAGGAUUUCACAUUAACCGUGUCCAGUGAAAAUAGUGGCGAACAGGGAGCUGUGUGGACUGAGGGAGAAACACUUCUCCUUUUAGAAUCUGUUAUGAAGCAUGGGGAUAACUGGGACCUAGUGGCUCAAAGUGUUCAAACAAAGAGUAAACUUGAUUGCAUCUCAAAACUCAUUGAGCUGCCCUUUGGGGAGCUCAUGUUGGGCUCUGCUCACCGAAAUGGUAACAGUAAUAGUGUUAAUGGCUACGUGAACAAUGUAAAACAAGUUCAGUCAUCAUCAUCAUCGUCUAACCAUCAAGAAACUUCAAAGGCGCAGGAUCAGUCUCACGAUCUUACGAAUGAAAACGAGCAGAAUGGAGAUGCUGUUGAGGAAAGUCCUUCAAAAAGACAACGCGUUGCUCCUCUCUCAGAUACCAGCAGUUCACUAUUGAUGCAGGUGGGGCUUAUUGCUAGUGUGGUUGAUCCUCAUAUCACAGCGGCUGCAGCUGAUGCUGCUACUAUGGCACUUUGUGAUGAGAACCUGUGUCCAAGGGAGAUAUUUGAUGUUGAAGAGGAUUAUGCUCUUAGUGUGAACUCUGCAAAUAAUUCAGCAAGAGCCCAUGGGGAUGAAGGUGUAGAGAUGAAGUCGUCCAAUCAAUCAGAAAUAGAUGCCAGAGGCCAAAAGGAUGGCAUACCCUUGACACUGCGUGUAAGAGCCGCCAUUGCAACUGCUCUCGGAGCUGCUGCUGCACGAGCAAAGUUAUUAGCGGACCAGGAAGACAGAGAGGUUGAACUUUUAGUAGCUACUAUAAUUGACGCACAGGUUAAGAAAUUGCAACACAAGGUUAGACAUUUUGAUGAUCUGGAGCUGUUGAUGGAAAAGGAACACGCUGAAAUAGAGGAGCUAAAAGAUUCUAUCUUAACUGAACGGAUUGAUGUUUUAAGGAGGACAUUUAGAUCUGGAAUCACUAGACGGAAAGAUUAUUCUUAUGUCAAAUCUUAGACCAGAUUGUUUGUAUCUGUUUGAUUUUUGUGCUCUAUGGCUUAUCAUUAUUGGACCAUUGAUAUUACCAGUUUACCACACCAUAAAGCACAGAAGUAAAUUCGUUAA